AUGACUUUCAAGACACUGGAAGAAGUUAGAAAAUUCUACAAAGACUAUUCCAAAUUUGCCAGUUUUUCUACCAAAAUAAAGAACACAAUUCGAAAGAGAGAUGAGAUUAAGAAUCAACUAAUUACAUGUAGUAGAGAGGAGAAAUGGAAAUCCAAGAUAUCUCCAACUUUGAAGACAAACCCCUCAGCUCCAAUAAACUGUCCAGCCAGGAUUUAUGUACAUAUAUUGAAGGACAUCGAUCUUUGGAUAAUUUUCAAAGUUGUUCUGAAUCAUUCACGCUCUUAUUGUCUAGAUCGAGCAGAGAUGCUCAAACAACACAAGGAGCUAAGCAUGUUUGUGUGUCACACUAUUGAUAACAAUGAGGAAGUCGGAAUCAGACCAAGUAAAACAUAUCAGUCAUUCGUAGCAGCAGCGGAUUGUCAUCACGAACUAAGUUUUAUCAAAAAAGAUGUGAGAAAUUAUAUUAUAAGGGAAGUACAGAAUGUUUCUGAACAAGACGCCAAUGAAUUUGGCAAGUACAAUCUGGUUUUUGGUUCUUUUGUAGGCGUGAAUCACCACGGUCAGUCAACACUUCUCAGAUGUGUUUUGAUGAAAAAUGAGGACAUCCAAUCAUUUAAAUGGCUAUUCGAAUGUUGGCUUCAUUGCAUGGGAGAGAAGGCACCAAAAGGGAUUCUUACCGAUCAAUGCGCAUCGAUGCAAAAGGAUAUUGAGAUGUGUAUGAACAACAAUUCACAGGUAGUGUAUUUGGUAUAUCAUGAAGAAGGUCUCAAGCAAAUUAAACAGUUGAACCUUUUAGAUGGUGGAUCAAUGAUUCAGUCAAGCUCAAGCCUUUAUGAUGCACACUAUAUGAAUUAUUCCGGAGAGAAUUAUAGAAGGGUGCUCAAAAUUGGCUCCGCACUGGUUCCUUCAGCAAAGUGUAAUGCUACUGUCACCCCAGCAUCCAUCACCGCAUCUGGCAACCCUUCAAGUUGUGUUACUGUUGGUUGA